AUGUUUAGGGUGAACGGAGAGCAUACCCUUGAGAAAAAGAAAAUCGGGCAGUUGGAAUGUACAGUUCUUUCACCGUCCUCUGUAUCGGGAGUUGAUUCUGUGCUUAUUUGGCUUCCUGGAAUUGGUGACAACCAUGAUGGGUUUAUUGGAAUUUUAAAAACCUUGCUUCCCGAAAAUACAAUUGCUAUAGUUCCCUCUGCCCCAAAAAGAGCAGUAACAAUGUACAGAGGACGUGUAACCAAUGCAUGGUUUGAUGUAAAAUCUCAUAAUCGAAUUGCAAAUGUUGAAGAGGAUAUCGCUGGUAUGACUGAAUCGAAAAAACUUCUUGACGAAAUCAUCUCUAUUCAGAUGAUGUCGUUUAAAUCACAUAGGAUUGUAAUCGGUGGGUUCUCUCAGGGCGGUGCAAUGAGUAUAUUAGUAGCUAGUCAAUCACCUCACACAUUGGGAGGUAUUAUUAGUGUGUCCGGGUUUGUUCCAAUGAGAACAAAGUUCAGCAAAGCAAGCGACAUGGUAUUAAGGCAAAAUGCUCAAACACCGUUUUAUAUUUUGCACGGAGAUGAUGAUAUUAUUGUCAAUUACAGUUUGAUUGCAAAGAGGUCAUACGAUUGGUUGGAGGAGGUUAAAACCAUAACAAAUAGGAAGAUUUACAAGCAUGUUGGACACUUUAUAUCAGAAGAGGAAAAGAAAGACCUGAAAGCCAUUCUUGCACAACUGUUUGUAAAAUCUGUCGACGUUAGCGAGCAAUGUCCUCAUUGUAACUUUUAA